AUGACUGCAUCUGACUCACCCUGGACCUGGCGUUGCAACAACACGGAGCCGAUGCGGUGCAUACGGACACCGAAGAGCACACUUACUCCUUCAGAAUAUCAAACUCUGGCCGCAUGCAAACUCACAUGUGGAAAGUACGGAGGGCUGUGGCCAAAACCAACAGGAGAAACGAUCCUCUCCAAGUCAGUGAUACCCUUCCUACCUGAAAACGUGACCGUCAUCACGUCUUUUGACGCCAGACCCAAGAACUACGCGUUGAGAGCUGCUUUGGAAGCAGCAAGAGAUAUAUUCUUGGGAAAUAUCAAUAAAUAUUACCCAUCAAAUAUCGAACGAAAACCUGAAGGAAAAGCCCUAGAGAACAGGGUUGAAAUCAGAAUAAGGUUUGAAUCCUCAUCCCUUGCCCUCGAUCGACUCACAGACGAGAGCUACGUACUUUCCAUCACUCGCUACGAAACCGUGACCAGAGUCCAGAUCCUCUCCCAGACUUUUUUUGGAGCCAGACAUGCCCUGGAAACACUCUCCCAACUCAUUGCCUACGACGAACUUUACGAUUCCCUUCAGAUCUUGGAAUCCGCAACGGUCAUCGACCGUCCCGUUUUUCCACACAGAGGGGUAAUGCUCGACACCAGUCGUAAUUACUACAGCAUGGAAACCCUGAAGCGAUUAAUAGAUGGACUAUCUCACAACAAGUUGAAUAUUUUUCACUGGCAUCUGACGGACGCUCAAAGCUUUCCGAUUUGCCUGGAAAGUCGACCAAAAUUCUGCCAAUACGGUGCAUAUGCACCUUGGAAAGUGUAUCGCGCCGCAGACGUGAAGGAACUCGUGGAAUACGCCCGGCUUCGUGGAGUACGAAUCAUCCCAGAAUUUGACGCACCUUCUCACGUCGGAGAAGGGUGGCAAUGGGCCAUCGAGGAGGGUUUUGACAACCUCAUCGCGUGCUUGAGAAAAGAGCCGUGGCAGAAAUAUUGCUACCAGCCUCCAUGCGGGGUACUCAAUCCAGUCGAAGAUCGAGUUUACGCCAUAUUGCAGGACAUAUAUAGCGACUUUUUGGGCAUGUUCGACACGGAUGUGUUUCACAUGGGAGGUGACGAGGUUGUUUCAACGUGCUGGAAUGAGACAACAGAAAUCACCGAUUGGAUGGAUUCGAACGGCUACAGUAACACAGAAGAUGACUUCACUCGUCUCUGGGGUGAAAAAUUCCAAAGGAAUGCCGAAAGAGCCUUGAGGAUUGCAAACGGAGCUCAAAUGCCCAUAAUACUUUGGACAAGUCAUCUCACCAGAUCUGAGAAAGUAACCGAAUACUUAAAUCCAAAAGAUUAUAUCAUUCAGGUCUGGGAAUUCACGAAGGAGGAGGGGGGUCGGGCGCACAUCCAACAUCUCCUGCUCAAUGACUUCAAGAUCAUAAUGUCAAACGUCGAUGGCUCGUACCUGGACUGUGGUUACGGCCAUUGGGUGGGCCCACCCGACAACCUCAACUGGUGCAAACCCUACAAAAGUUGGCAGGCUUUUUACGAGAAUGACUUCCUCACUGUUGCCCUGAAUUUGACAGCAGGCCUAAUGACACCGGAAAAUGUCACAAAAUUAGUCUUGGGAGGUGAAGCACUAAUGUGGUCCGAAUCGGUGAGCGAGCACAGCUUGGAGGGUAAAGUAUGGCCGAGGAGUGCAGCAGCAGCAGAGAGAUAUUGGAGCAACCCAGAAGGAGGCUGGGUGGAUGCUGAAUGGCGAAUGGCGCAUCAAACGCAGCGAAUGAUACAAUUAGGCAUCCGAACAGAUGCCAUCAAGCCGGAGUGGUGCCAUCAGAACUCCGGUCUUUGCUAUGUGAUUUUCAGUGAGGAAAUCCCACUGCUCUCGUCCGAGCAAUGGGAGCUAUAAUUUAUUUUAUUUUGUAUGGUCAUUCCAUCCUGCUUCAUUUUUCCUGGGGAAUCCGGUUUAGGGAGUAAAACCAUAGAAAUUCAAACGAAGCAUCUUUGAUUCUUUGUUGUCUUACAGAAUGCAUCGUGAAACUCCAGAUAAAGCCGUUUAGCUGUUCAAGUUUCA